AUGGAGGAGUUGUGUCAGCCACCCCUGGAGGCUAAAUCCGAGCUUCUAGAUCUUCAGUGGAAAAUGGGUAUGGCAGUGAGCUCAGACAAUUGCAGAUCUCUUAAGUCUCCUUAUGUUGCAUUGAUGCAAAAAGUGGCAGAUCAGUCAGGCCAGAUAACAAACAAGUCCUUUGAAAUAACAAUUCCACAAUUUCAGCAUUUCUUCAAACAGUUUAAAGAAAUGACUGCUGUUAUUGAAACUGUGUAAAAACUAC